AUGCCCAGUUGCAAGUACAAUGGAACCACCACACCUAAGAACCAUGUGUCAGCAUUUGAAAACCACAUGAUGCUUUACAUCAUGACGGACUCAGUAUGUUGUAAGGCAUUUCCGCCUACCUUGGAAGGAUUUGCAGCAGAGUGGUAUGGAGCUAUUCCAAAAGGAUUUGUAUACUCUUAUAACCAGCUGAAGAGAAUUUUCAUGGAGCACUUUGUCACUUUGGUGGAUCAAACCAAAAUGACCACCGAGCUGAUGUCGUUGGUUCACGGAAAAGAUGAACCUCUAAGAGAGUUCAUCACCGGGUUCAACAAAGAAGCAACAACCAUCCCGAACAUCAGCCAAGAGGUAGCGCUGCUAGCAAUGCAGAGCGGUUUGUUACCAGGCUCACCAUUUAGAGCCUAUAUGGGGCGGAAGAGUCUCAAAACACUGGCUGAAGCGGUGGGAAAAGCGCACGAUUUCAUAAAAGCAGAUGAAACGGAUAGGGCAAUGUUGAGCAAGAAAGCACCUAUCGAGCCAGUUAAGCGGGCAGAAUUCACCCGGGUUGAGAAUACAACCGAGGUGGAUCAGCCCAACAGAGCUGAGCAAGGUCGAAGGGAUGCAUACAGAGUGGUCGAGGUGAGAAGGUCGGAUCAGAAACGAGGAGGCAGACUAGGGAGGUUUGACCACUACACCCUACUCACUCAUUCGAGAUCUCAUAUUUUCAGCGUGAUCAAAGCUGAUAACAAAUGGCAGAGACCGCCUAGGAUGGUGAAGAGAAAUCACGACCCAAGUAAGUGGUGUGAUUUCCACAAGGACCACGGCCAUACCGCUGAUGAAUGCACCCACUUGAAAGACAACAUAGAGGGACUUAGCCCAAAGAGGAUAUCUGAAUUAAUUCAAGCAACACUCUGA